AUGGAAGGACCGUACUCGGGAUUGUACGGCAACAACAUGCUCAGUCCCAGAUAUAUUGUAGGUUUCCGUUUUGACGCCCCCCCCAAAAAAUAGUUUUAGGUGACGUCACCAGCCGAAUCAUACGUUUCUCAACCGUCUCAGCACUCUCAACAGUUGUCACCGGAAAUUGCGCCAACCUAUUAUCAAAUCCGUUCGUUUUUCACACUGAUAACACAGUAUUUUGCUAUAGUGGAACUCUAUAGAACUGUGUAUAGUUGAUAGAAAGCUCUAGAAAAGUGUAUAAAGGGGGGCGUGGCCUAAUCUGAGUGUCGGAAGUGAUUAAACACUGGUAAUACAAGUAUUUUAAGCGUUCAAACGGCAAAAAGUAACGGCGAAUGACUGAAAUUCGUGCAUUUUCAGAACAAAACUUAAAAUCGAUUCAAUUGAUUCAUUUCUGAAUGAAACCUGCUCGUUUUAAGCGAUGAUUAGUUUAACAAUGUUAUUAUGCAAUUACAUCGUCGAAACCCGUACAAAAUUUGGGUAAUUUUUGACGAAAAACAUGAAAAAUGGGGUUAAAUUUCGAAUUUCGCGCCAAAAUGGUGAUACUCUGGGAACUCGAUCGCAAUCUAAUUAGAAAAGUUUGCAAUCUAAUACGAACUCGUUUGAAAUAGAAUUUGCUUCAAUUAGAUUGCAAAAUCUUCUUAUUAGAUUGCAAUGUUUUCUAAUUAGAUUGCAAUUCAGGAAAAAUAUUUUGUAAUCUAAUACGAUUUUACUGGAACUUUCAUUAAAUCUGAUUAGAUUGCGAAAUAGAGCUUUUUCUGAUUAGAUUGCAAUCGAGUUCCCAGAGUUCUGAAUGAAUCGUGCUCGUUUUAAGCUCAAAAAGUGCGCGCGAUGAUUAAUUUAACAUCGUCAAAACCCGUACAAAAUUUGUGUAAUUUUUGACGAAAAACAUGAAAAAUGCGGUUAAAUUUUCGAAUUUCGCGCCAAAAUGGUGAUAGCCCGUGCACACUAGGCGCCACGCCCCUUUCAUGCGUUGUUUCCAGAACCGCCGGCGCCGCGCGAAAUGGUGAUCAUCCGAACGACGACGAUCACCCGCAACACGACCUCCAUCCAACCGAUUCAUUCGACGUUUUGA